GAACUCGCAGAAGUAAUCAAGAGCGACAAGGUGCCCCACAAAGACUACCUCGUCGUCGACGUCCGCGAUGAUGACUUUGAGGGCGGCAACAUCAAGGAUGCGAUAAAUUAUCCCUCGAGCACUUUCUGGAAUGACGUCGAUGAGCUGGUGAAGAAGACGAAGGAGGUGCCGUUGGUAGUGUUCCAUUGUGCGUUAUCGCAGGUUCGAGGGCCUAAGGCCGCUCGGAUAUAUGCUGAGACGCGGCAGAAUGUGCUUGAAGAGAGCCCAUUGAAAGCCGACGUCGCGAUUUUGAAGGAUGGGUUCACACAAUUCCAGGUCAAGUUCAAGGAUGACGCUGAACUCGUAGAGAAGUGGGAUAAGGACGUUUGGGCGUCUGAGUGGAGUUGA